UUAUAUACUCAGGGGUUUUCAUAUGUUUGGCAAAUUAACACGUUAACCGCCACAUUGCCAACUAUGUGGACAUACUACAGGAACGGAAUUGGACCACCAAAGAAGAGAAAUGGAGACAACAUAGAGGCUGUGAACUUCCCACCCAUUUGUAAUGAAACAUCAAAGCCUUUAAAACAGGACAUUAGAGAGAAAAAGCAACCCAUACCUACAUCUGAGAGACUUCAGCAGCUCUUCUUUUCCAACUCUCUGAUAGACCAUGGUCCUCUUAAAAGAACGGUCAAAGUGAAAAAGAAAUCUGAGGAUCGGUCAAAAGUCUCCCAUGCUAAAUUGAGUCCUGAAACGGAGUUUGAGAUCAAGUACCAUCUAAGAAGUAAUCUUCAGCAGCGUCAUUGUAAACCUCACACACUAGACUCUAAUCUGGAGAAGAGGGCAGAGGAUGUUCUGAGCCUGCUGCAAAAUCAGACCUUCAUUUUGAAGGACCAUGCUCUCAGCGUCCUGCUGGACCUUGGUGGACGUGAAGAACCUCCCAAGUUCCUUCAGAGUUUUCCAGCCCAGGGAGAGGAGGACGAGGAGGCGCAGGGAGGAGAGGAACCCACAGGGGGGCAGAUGGUGAAAUCAUUGACGGAGUGUACGACAGACUCCCAGAGCUCUCUCCCGAAGGAGUCCGUUUCUUCCUGCGCUGUCCCUGCUGCUCCUGCUCUCUCUGAAGUGGCUGGCCCAAGUCCAAAAGCUCUGACCCAUUUAGAUGCCACCAAGAACAAGGCUGUCACACCUUGCCCUGCCAAGCAGCGGAGGUUUAUGGUUUACAUCUGUGGAGGAUACCGUGACACAGUGACAGAAAGGCAGGCUUUGCGGGAGAAUGUUUAUCCACGACUCUAUCUGUACUGCAAGCAGCGGGGCUAUGAUUUCAAAAUGGUGGACCUGCGCCUGGGUGUCCCUGACCCCAUCACUGAGCAGAAUGACUCAGUAGAGCUGCACUUGGAGACCCUGAGAGAGUGUCAAGAAACAGAGGCAGCAAACUUUUUUGUGUUUGCUGGCCAGAAGCACGAGGUGCCGACCCCACCUCUCAGGAUCUCCCAGCAUGCAUUUGAGUCCAUCCUGAAGGUCGUGGAGUGCGACCGAAAGAAGCGUUCCAGGAGACGACCGCAGCUUGACGACGAGCUCUCCUCCAACUCCCAGUCCAGUGUGACUCCGAGUGACGCGGAGAGCAGCUUCGCUCGAGGCUUGAGCCACGAUCAGGAGGACCUUCCCCAAGGCUCGGCCAUGUUGAUUAGCUCUGAAACGACGGUGUCCCAGACCUCCCUGUCCGACGGGGAGGACACGGGCCUGGCGAGGGGCUGGGUGGAUUUCGACCGAGAUCUGACGCUCCUGCUGGCCUGGUACAAGCUGGAUGAGAAUCGUGUCCCUGCAGAGUACCGGCUGCUGCCUGUGAGCACGCACCACCCUGACUUCCUGAGCCGAGACGGCCAGCGCAGGCGGAGGGGGAGGAAGGCGUGGCGCACUUCCUGUCGACAGCUCUGGGCGGUGCUGAGGCGAUGCGCACCUGUGGCUCUUGGGGAGGAGGCAGCCGCUCACCUGCUCCGGACAGUGUUAGACUGGGAGGUGGAGCAGGGUCUGUCUACGCUGAGCCCCCCUGAAGCCUUCUGCCACUGCUACAAGAGGAUAAUCCCCGACCUGCUGUACAACCUGUGCAGCGAGCACGCCGCCAACUACAUCGACCUGCUGAAGGGCCAGGGCGAGGUCAACCCCACGCUCCACGCGGCCCACCAGAGAACCAUCCAAAACAUCCACAGCAAGCUGCGUCACACAAACAUCUAUGAGAGGAACGUGGGCUGGGGACGGAGAGGCCUAAGCCCCAAGCACAACAGAUCCCACCUGUUCUACACGGAGCGCCUCUGCUCACAUUUCCAACGCACAGUCACCUCCUCCCUCAACCGGGUGAUGGAAUUAACCAGAGUGAAAGACUCCUUUGAUGUGAGGAGGAGAGCUACCUCUAGACAACAGAUGCAGGAGGAGAUUCUUCGCCAUAUCCGACAUGGUCAUGCGCUAGAUAAGGGGCAUGUUUUCAGACAGGAAGUCCUAAUGGAGAUCAGAAGGGUUGUGGAGGGGGCACCACAGACCCCUGUCAUAGUGCUGGGAGAACCCGGCUGGGGGAAGAGCACCACCCUCGCUAAAGUGGCUCUGCUAAUGCCCAGCUGGAUACCUGGCGAGCUGCGCACAUUGCUGGGCCUGGCCAGUGCGGAGCGCCCUGCGGUCCUCGUGCUGGACGGCCUGGACGAGUUGUCCGAGGAGCAUCAGGCUGAUGUGUCCUGGCUGUGUGGGCCCCUUCCUCUACAUGUCUAUGCCAUUCUCUCUGCCACCACAAACUCCACUGCUGCCCUGGAACUGCAGAUUUAUUGA